GAGAGCGAAGGAACUCUGAGCAUAAUGUGAGCGGUCAAACAACGAAACGACUCCAGAAGACAACCAAAAUGAUGAGCGCCAAGUUCGACCUGAAGAAUAACUUCCUCAGCAUCAAAAAACCGAAAAAUUCGGGAAAAAGGAAAGUAAAAUCCUAUAUGCGAAAAGAAUCUAUGAAUACGCUACAAGAUGAAGGAAAUGGGGAUGAAGAGUCCUCUCUCAUUGAACUCUCCUCGAUCUCUAGCUGCAGCUUUGGCUCUUUGGAAGGACUUAACAAAUCAGAUCGAGCUUCAAAGGUUCAAAUGCUGUCUAAAGCAGUCUUGUGAAGGGAUCCUCAGCUUAUAACCAAUUUAGACCAAGUUUUAGACCUCAAAAAGAAACAAUUCAGGGACCAACUUGAGAGAGAUGACUUCUUGAAGCUAAAACAGAGAAGGAUAAGGAUCAUAUAAGCAGUGACAAACUUGAAGCAACUUUAAAAUCUCAGUAUCAGAAGAGCAAUGCGAAAACCCCUAUUCCUUUAGAAGCCAUGGAUGUUUCAUUGAGUAUUCAGGAUGUGACUCAGGCACUCAGAGGGACUCCAAGCGUAAUGAAUGCUUCAUUAGAUCACCAGAAGCAAUUAACUAGCCUCACUGGUCAGAAUAGACUGCAGAGUUUGAUUACAGGAAAUUUAGGACUAAUAUUCUCAGAAAGAGAGGCCAUGAAGCCUGCCUCUGAAAGAAUGAGAAAGCCACAUGCUUCAAGGUCGACUGGUGUGGACAGCUACAGAAAGUCUUUGAACUGCAGCAAUUUCUCAUUCUACAUUGAAAGAGAAUCUAUUAAACAGAAGAGAGUCAUAACUCAGUCAUUGAAAAGAAGGAAAUUCAAUGAUUUUAGACGAUUUUUAGCAGAAUCUCCUGCUAUUGAUGAAUGAGGCAGUCAGAAAAGUAGGAAAGGACAUCAAACACUUGAGAGAAGUCCAGAGUGAGGGUUUCAGAAUAUUUUUAAAAGUCCUUUGACAACAAUGAGAUUUUUGAGAAAGAGUGUAGAUCAUGCAAAUGUAAAAUUAAACAAAGAUCUAAUGACCAGCCAGCAAACUACCCAAGUUGAUAACAUUAAAGAACUUAAACACAAGCGUCCCGAUCCUUAUGAAUAUUGUCCAAAAGCUAGGCUUGGAUUAAAGUCUAAAUUAAUAUUAUAG